AUGGCAAUGGCUCACGCAGCUUAUACCAGAAAACGCUACUUUGAGAAACAGCGCGCUGCUCUUACUAGAGUCGCAUACGAACUUCAGAAAGAAAAAACCUGUGCCGAUACAUGCACCCUUCAAGCAAAGCAGGCGUUGUUGGAUGAAGCUGUUCGGAAGCUUGGAGAGGGCCACAGAGAGGCUCGUUCAUGGGAAGAUCCGGCCAAAAAUGAACAAAAAGAGGCUGAAAACCGGCAGUCAAAGGCAAAUGAACGUUUUAAUGCUGCUUUCCUGGAGCUCAUGACAGACAAGGCUAUUAAAGAAUGGCAGGCUUCAGCUUCUGUUCGCUACCGAGCGGCUGCCUUAGAGACGGAAAAGCAACGUGCUGCUGCCGUCGCCGCCCUGCCUCCACCACCUCCACCGCCCUACUGUGAUUCGGUAGUUACAUGCAAGCUCCCGAACGAAAUGGCAUGCACACAAUGCACAGGAGUCAAGGAUGCUGACAUGGUGCAUAAGGUUUCUGUAAACGUCGUCGAUGGUGACAAGAAUUGUCUUUCUGGUCCACGUCCAAUGUCGCCCCCACAAGUUAUGAACGCCAAAAUGCAGAGUUCUGAAACACCGCUAGAGGAACAGCCAACAGCUUUCGAUGCAGCUGUUAAGGAAGAGGUCCGACUUAAAGCAGUGGAACAGGGGCGUUCAAUCCAGGCUGUGGAAGAUUUAGUUAAGGCGGAGGUCCGUGGCCAAACGGCAAUUCAAAGAGUUCGCGUUCAACAGCACUAUGAUUCACUUUUACGACGACUGGACGAAAUCGCUAAAGUGGAUUUUCGUGAUCAAAAACGCCACAUAGCGAGCUCUAUGGCUCUCUAUCCUGCCGCAGGUGAGGGCGCAGAGGCCGUUGAAAGAAAAAGAGAGCGUGCAUUCGAGAAAGAACUAUUUCAGCAAAUGCCAUUGGAAUCUCAGAAAGAACUAAGGCAGGAGAUGUCUUUAGCGCCCAGCCUUGAAUCAUCUGAUAGUGUGCCGAUCACAGAGACUUUGGUCGAGGUUGAUGCGGAUUCCGAGGUUGUCGCCGCCGAGUUAACAACCCCCAGUGUACACCAGACUGACCCCCCAGUUAAAAUCCACAACCCAGGCGCGCUCCUUCGAACACCAGAAAUGGAUGGUGAUCAGGUUGAAACGUACACUGUUACGGGUAGUAUGGACAACUCGGUUGUUUUCCCAAUCGCGUCUUCGUUGGGUCAGGAGCAAAUUUCAACGGAAAAUUUAAACAACCAAGCUUACCAAUAUGAUUCAAAAUCUAUAAAGAAUCUUCAGGAACAAUUAAAGCAGUACUUUCGGACUCGUAAUACAAUUGGUGAUUACAGCCGGAACUCCGGUAGCGUGGAUUUCGACCGUGAAAAGGAGAAAUUAGACCUCCAGGUGGCGGAGAUAGAUCGACAGAUUGAGGCUCUGCGUCAGUCUGCCCUUGCUCGGCAACGCAGACUACAGGAUGAAGGUCGCCGUGCGACUCCGGGCACGUCGAUGAACAGAGAUCCUAUGGUGGCCUUUCCGCCGGACUCAAAUGGCUUGCCUAUCCGGUUUCACGAGCCAUUUAUCACAGAAGCAUCUGGCGGUUCGGGUUCUCUUUCCCCGACCCUGUCGGUUUCUGCUGCGAGUAUAGCGGAUCACUCGCCCUUU